UCGGUUGUGCUGUCGAACGCCACGCUUGUUUCGAAGUAGACUGCAUGCGUUUCUACGAGCGCAAGUACGCUUUUGCGGGAACUCUUUGUGGUGCGUAAUGUCCGACGAUUUGAGUACUUUGGACGGUUGGGAUCCACUGAGUGAGGAGUAUUUCUCCGUCUCGUUCAACAGUUACAACCAAGGCCCGGGUGCCAACCUUCCACUUGAGUGUUUGCCAGCGUUUUCUGAACAGGCCGAGCUUACCAGAUCAAGAACAGUGUGUGUCAAAAAUUUACCUGUGGAGGUAACAGAGACUGGCCUUAGGAAUUUGUUUUCUGCCUGUGGAAAAGUGCUCGGUGUCCAGAAGCUCCAGCCGAGGCCAGAGUACCCAGACAAGACAGUCGGGUUCGUGGACUUUCGAACAACAAAAGAAGCCCUUGCUGCCAUCGCAAAGUUCCACGGGAAACCCCCAUUUCAUUUCAAAGUGAAUAUUGCCAGUAUGUCACUCUCAGACCGAUUUAGGUUUGACAAUAAGAAGAAGGAAGAACUGGAUGAUGUGCGUCGGAGGAUCGAGGAAAGAUACGGUGUGUCUACACCUGGUGCUGGAAGAGACAGCGGGUCUGCAUCGUCACCGUUUCCCCCCGACGAGUUGAGAGAUAUUCGUGUGGAAGUGGGUUCCCUGCCAGGCGAACGGCAUGUCUACAGCCGUAGUCGCAGCAGCAGUGGCUGCAGCAGCCUGGACAGCAGCAGCCUGAGCAGCGGCUCCUCCGAUGAAUCCUCCAAGCCGCACCGAUCGCACAUAGGUGAAGGUGUGUUCAGUGAAGAUAUUCAGGUUGUCAUCACAGGGAACGGCAGUGCAGAACAGACACGCAAGGUGGUUGUCCGGGAAGCAUCCGCACUAUCUGAUCAAAAGUGCGUCUACUGCGGCGAAUACUCCGAAUUCCUGUGCCCCACUUGCAAGGCAUACUACUGCUCACCAGACUGUCAGUUGAAGGACUGGCCUGCACAUAAGGAGAUCUGCCAAAAGAAAGGUUUGCUGCCUACUCCUCCUUCAAAACCAGCAGAGAAGGAUAAGAGUCCGUCGUCACCGAAACGAGGUGUUCAAAGAAACAGCAACGCUCCAGUGAAGGGGAAAGUCGCAACACCGCAACAACAAGUUGCUCCCAAGGGCAACGCACUAUCUGGUGGAGCAAAGGACAGGCCCUUUAGUAAAAGUGGACAGGCUGGCUUUCCCAGGAAACCCCAAGAAAAACCAGCUCCCCACUCGCCAAAUAGGCCUAAAACAAGCCCGCUGAGAUCACAUUCUCCAGUGAGGUCUGCUGUAAAAGAGCAUCCACAAGUGCAUUCUCAAGCUGAUGAGCAACUAAGCACAGGCUACCUGCAGUCACCAACAAUAGUGCCACUUGGAAAGGAUGUUGAGGUGGCCUUCUGCUACGGCUCUAGCCUGUCUGAGUUCUACGUGCAGGACAUCUCUCAGAUGCCAGAGUUGGCACUGCUGCAGGCUAACUUGCAUACAUUAUGUGCUAUUAGUGGAGGCCAUAAGCCCACCCAGGGAGAAACUUGCGCAGCACUCUUUGCCGACGAUGGCCAGUGGUAUCGUGCUAGGGUCACCUCACUGGGCUCCACAUGUACGGUCUACUUCAUCGACUAUGGGAAUGUGGCCGAAGUACCUUGUGAAAGCAUCUGCCGACUUCCUGAUCAAUGCAAGGAAUUGCCACCGCAGGCAGUGCGUUGUAGGCUUCAUGCUGUGCGUCCAGCAUCUGGCUCGGCUGACUGGACUGAAGAAGCGUUUUCCCUACUGGUUUCCAUGAUCAAGGAAGGCACGAUGUUUGCCAAUGUGCAAAAUGUGGCAGAAAGCUUCGUUCAUGAAGUGGAGCUGAAGCCAAAGACAGGUGGACCGAGUUUGAAUGAGCAGCUAGUGGCCAAAGGACUCGCCGAGCGCGUGGUAACAGCUGACCCUGCAGCUGUGCCUACACCCGAGGCUGUGAUCACUCCGGCCGUUGCUGCAGAUACCUGCGGCCUCGUGCUUGCGGCAUCCAGAGUUCUUGAAGUCGAUGCUAAACGUCGUCAAGGCUGGGGACACCCUACCCAUGCAGGUGACCGUAUCUGCCGAAAAUGUGGUAUGGUGCCUCGCCACGAUCCCCGAGGUGGCCAGUCCCUUGAUCGAACUGGAGGAUUCUCUGCAAAAGGAAGGAAUGUGACCUGCGGGGAUUAUGUGGCCUCCCAGUCUUCAGAAGACAAGCGAUGGUACCGAGCCUAUGUGUUCGACAAGACCGCAAAUGGGCACACAGUACGAUACUUGGACUAUGGAAAUGACGAACCCAACACAAACGUCAUCCCACUUGCACCUGAACACAAGGAGGUCCCUGCCGCAGCGGUACUAUUGCUCACCUCAGACCCAACUUCCUUCAGAGUGGGGCAAAUGCUGAAUUUUUGUGUGGAGUCUGCAGAGAAUGGCGAAGUUCGAGGAACGGCUUCCUCAAAAGAAGAUGGAAAAUCGAUGGGCACAUUCUCUCUAGCUCCAUGGCACUCUGGUCUGGACACUAAGGGACCUGUGGCAUCGGCUGCUUCAGAACCCAUGGUGACAGCUGCUUCAGAACCUGUGGUGCCAGCUGCUUUAGAACCCACGUCACCAGCUGCUUCGAAACCCAUGUCACCAGUUGCUUCAAAACCUGCGACUUCUUUGUCUCCACCCGUAUUGCAAGCACAAUCAGUGCUUAGCCUUGUCAAGACUGGUGACAGCCUUCCCAUGCAAGUGAUGGUGUCUGCCCGGAACAUGGUGUGGUGCCUUACCAUGCUUCCCAGCAUUGUAGGCCCUUUGACCCAAGUUGAAGACAGCCUCCAAGGCGAGGGUGACAAAGGAAGUUUGACUAACAAGGUGGAUUGCGGAGAUUUUGUUGCUUCCCGAUCACCGGAAGACAAGCGAUGGUAUCGGGCCUGCGUGACUAAAAAGACUGCUAGUGGACACACAGUGCGAUACAUAGAUUACGGAAAUGAAGAGUCCAACACAGAUAUUUUUCCUCUUCAACCAACACACUUGACAGUGCCUGCUGCUACUGUUCGUGUGCUGACAUCCGACCCCAUGUCAUUCAGAGUUGGACAGCUGCUCAGCUUCGUGGUCGAGUCUGUGGAUGGUGGCGAAGUUCGAGGAACUGUCACGUCAGAGGAUGACGGCAAAGAGAUGGGCACAUGUGCUCUGGCUCCUUGGAACAGUGGUCUUGAUGCCGGAGAACCUGUUGCGUCGCCUUCACCAGCGAAAGCUGCAGCUGCCCCGGCCGCUCCUCAUAAAAAGCUAGAUUUCUCGGUCUCGGGCGAAGCUGGGAAGCGUAUGACUGGCGAGAUGAGGCUUCUGCGCUACGACACGUUGGUGUUGGCUGCAUUGCGGCACAAAGUGCACAGCUAUUUCAUGCGCAAUAAACUGCCCAUGGCCGAGAAGCUACGCAACGGCAUGAUCAACGACCCGGAAAUGGACAUGUCGGCGAUCAGCACUCACACGAUGCAACGAAUGCUGAACGACUUGGGCUGUGGUCAUCGAAGAUGGGCUCUGGAAAACACGUCGUACACGGCGUGCUGGAAGCUCCGCGACAGUGUGGCAAAACCCAGCGCUUCUCCACGGUCUCAACCGCUGCCAAGUCAGCAGGUGGAUGCCAAAGUUCUGCACGUGCCACAGCGGAAACUACCGACGAGCAAGUGCCCCAUGAUACCUGUCUGGAAAACCACAGAGGUACUCUACCUUCACCAGCAGAGCCUGGCUUCAGAUUUGCAGGCCAUGAUGGUGGCACUGAACGCCUGGGUGAAGAGUGAGCGGCCUGAGCCGGAUGUUACCAAAUACUCCAAGGGAGACUAUGUCUGUGCACUCUUCAGUGAGGAUGCCACUUGGUACAGAGGCCAGGUGGUGACUGAGAAGUUACCUGAUGACAAGUACUUGGUACUGUUCAUAGACUUUGGCAACAAUGAGCAGCUACCAGUGUCAUCGCUGCGUCCGCUGCCACCACGAUUUGCAGAGGCACCGUUGUUUGCCUUCAGUGUGGUGCCAGAGAAUGUGCGACCAGCUGACCCACGACUUGCUUCCCUGCUGGAGCAGGAGCCCUUUGCAGUGGUGCAAGUGAACAAGACUCGAUCAGGCGUGCCGAUUGUUCGCCUUGAGCGCAAGGAUGGCACCUGCCUCAAUGACCUCAUUCGUGGUGUUCGCCCCAAGGAGUGUGCAUCACUGGCAGCUGAUGGCCUGGCAGACCAAGCAGAUCCGCAGAAGGCUCCUGAUGAGACCUCAUCACCUACAUAUAUAGCAGAGUGUCCAGUUCCAAAGAGCCCGUUUAAUGCUGUGGUUUGCUAUGUGGAAGGAAACCUUGUGUAUGUUCAGCCACUCAACCGCUGCGCAAGCCUACUAAAGAUUUCACAAGUACUAGGUGACAAGGCUCGGCGAGACCCUGGUUUUAAAUUCAAAAGCUUGCCUGCUAUCAAUGAGUGCACACUGGCACUUUAUUCAGAGGACGAGCAGUGGUACCGUGCCAGGGUGAUUUCAACAGAUGAAGCUGCUUGUACGGUACGGGUUAAGUUUGUUGACUACGGCAACACAGAGAACAUGACUGCCAAGUUGCUGCUGCCAAUGAAAGAGGAACUUGCCAUAGAACCUGCCUGUGCAAUGGCUGUACAACUUGAAGGUGUGCCUGUGCUUUCGCCCCGGGCUAAUGACUUCCUCCCCAAGGAGCCACUCGUAGUGGAACUGGUCAACAAUGCCACGCCACCCCUGGCUCGCCUCACUCAUAACGGGAAGUGCAUCAACGCUGUCGCUGCUCCCAGGGAUGCACCACUGGCACCAAAGAAGGCAUUUGCGGAGAGGCCCUUACCUGUCGGACGCACCAAGGCGGUCAUUACGUAUGUCACCGAUCCUGGCAGGUUGAUCUAUCUGCAGCAGAGCAGCCUGAUUCCUGAAUUGCAGUCCAUGAUGCUGGAGAUCAACGGCUCGGUUCCAGACACACCUGUGACUUCGCCAGUCCUUGGUGAUGCAGUGUGUGCCCGCUAUGCUGCUGACGGACUCUGGUACAGAGCAGCAGUGGUUUCCCUACCUCAGGAUGACAAGUGCAAGGUGUCGUUUGUGGAUUUUGGCAAUGAUGACUUCGUACCAGUUGGUGACAUCAGGCCCCUUGCCGAUCAGUUCAAGACUAUUCCGCUCAUCGCCAACUGUGUUGCACUACAGGGCGUCAAGUCGGUAGGCAAAGAGUGUGCAGAGCACUUGAUCAAUGCUGAGAUUCAGUUUGAAGUUGUGGAUACAUCAAGCCAACCAUGCAAGGUGAAGAUUUAUUUGGAGGAUGAGUGCCUCAACGAACUGAUUGAAUGAAGCUGAGAAAAGUGCAACUCGGAGGACGUUUUAUGUUAUUUUGUGCUUUGUAAUUAGUCCAACAAAAGCUAUCUUUUUCUUUUGCAAAGAGUACAAAUAAACUUUUUGAAGCAA